GGUCCCUUCCUUAAAAUUCAGUGUGCGUUAUAAAUUGAAAAUAUGUCAAAAUUGGAUGGGACCAGUCUAAAGGAAUGUUUACAAAAAAUGGCCACCGAGUAGCAGGGAAAAAUUUGUAACUGAUCAGUAAAAUGUCAACAAAAACAAGUAAAGUUUCCAAGAAACAAGAGCUUUCAGAAAAGGUACAAGAAAUACAGAAAAGACAACAAAACUGGUUAAAGCAAAGAAAUGAUCAUAAAAAGAAGCAUACAACAGUCAAUCCAGAAACAAAAACGUCUACAUCAUCUUGUCCAGAUAAAACUACAAAUUCAACAUUGUCAGACAGCAGUAAAAGAAACAAAUAUAAUACUGAAUACAGCGUGGAAAAGACAACAACUAUUCCGUCAAAAGAUAGAUUUCAAUCAUGGAUGGAGACCAGAGAAAAUGCUGAAAAGUUAAUGGAAAAUAAAAAUAAAAUACCUGAUGAACCUGAUGUUUUAAAAAUCUCCAGUUCCAGGGCGCCAGGAUAUGCUACUCCAGAUCCAGAAUGGGAUCCUUUAGUCGAUUACAGUAGUCAUCGCAGGAUUCAUGGACAAAGCAACCAUGGAAUAGAUGCUGCAAGGAGUAUCAUGUCACAUCAAGAUUUUGAUGAUAUGGCUAACAAAAUUGUUGCUCGUGUAAAAAAUGAACUAGACAUUCCUUACAAAUCUCACAGUAAAUUGUCCGAUAAUCUUUCAGGAUACAAAAAAUCCAAAGAGAGUUGUGAUAGAACAAAACGAGAUCAGGAACAGAAUGAUUUGAUAUCCAGUCACUUCUGUGUAGAAUGUGGGACAUUAAUGAUGUCAUCAGAACAUGUGCCAAUGAUCUUAACACCAUGUGCUCAUAGCAUGUGUCAGUCAUGCUGUCAAGGGAGAUCACUCUGUCCACAGUGUGCUUGUACAAUCUUAUCUAAGACAUGUAAUAUAAUGUUGUUACAAAUUAUACAGAAUCACCAUAAAUCAAGGGAGAGUACUGCAGAAAAUCGACAGCGACAGACAUAUUCACCUGAUAACUACAGAGAAAAAGCCAAAACAAAACAACAGCAUCUUGACGAGUAUGAAAAUCUUCAGACCAGACAAGAAGUUCUUCGCAUUGAAUCUAGGGAAAUUCAAAGUCACAUGAGUAAAUUAGCAAAUAAAAUUGAACAGCAGAGGCAACAAACACAAAACAUCGAAAGAGAGGAGAAAAAAGUGAAAGACAAAAUUCAGAGCUUAAAAGAAAAAUUAGUAGAACUAGAAAGUCAUAAAAAAGGUUAUGAUAGAGAAAUUGAUGAUAUAGAAAUGGAGAGAACAAAAGAUAAAAACAAAUUAAAUAUGGUGCAGGACACUCUGUCAUCUAUAGAACUUGAAAUGGAGAAAUUGAGAAUCCAGAUAGACGGAAGAUGAGAGAAAGGAAUAGUUCGAAGAUAGUAACAAAGAAUUUAUAUAUGAAAAAAUUAUUUGAAAAGAAAAGAUUGAAAAACCAAACAUGUUUAUACAAUUGAUUUACUCUAUGAUUCCAGACUACAUUAAACAGUGUGACAAUUUAUUCCACAAUAUUUUUAUGAAUAUGACAAAUUCGAAGUAGCUGCAGUACAAGUGCCUAUUAUUCUCUUGGAAAUAUUUAAUCUAAUUAUUAACAAGGAAAUUAUAAUUCACUCAUUUGGUACAUUAUUUUUUAGGAUAAGUAUGAUAAAAUAUACAAGGUGGACAAGCUUGAAAUCAUUAUUUCUUCUUAAGAUUCGAAUGUCAUAUAUUUAAUAGCACUUUUGAAUUGUAAGAUUGAUUUACGAGGUUUUUAGUCCCUGCCACAAUAUACAGUGAAGCCUUUUGUUGUGAUUUUUUUAUCUUAUCUUGUUAUUUUAAUAUAAUGCUUUAAAAGUUAUAUUAAACAUUGACAGUAGCUUUCUUUCCAUAAGAAGUGAGUGCUGUUGAAAAAAUACUCUACAAGGUAUUACCCUUUAAAAAAAUAUAUAUAUGCAAAACCUCCCAAAAAAUUUUGGUUAAUUUUAUUAUUUUUUGAUCUCAAAAGAUAACUUAGGUAAAGUACUUGUUUAAAAUCAGUUAUUACACAUAUAUUCAAUUUUUAUUGUGAGCCUAUAGUGCAAGCUUUAUCAGUUAAAACUUUCAUAUAUAUUGCAUCUACAAGAAAUAUUUCAGAGUUUUAAAAUUUUCCAUUUUCAAAUGGUGCUAAAUGCAGAAUUUUACUUUUGACUUUAGAUAUCAUUAGCUAGAAUAUUUGUAAGCAAUGUAAACUUGUUAUCUAUAUAUUUAUAUAUUAUGUUUUAUUUAUGUUAAUUAGUGUGAAGCCAUUCCAAUAAAAUUUAAUUUUAAUCUAUAUAACUUUA